UCUGCGUGAGCAACAUGGAAGCGAUGUGGAAGAACGGGAUCCUAGAACUGAAUAAUUUACUUUAGCCAAUCGGUUGAAAUGUCCAUGAGCUCAAUUCUCCUUUUAAAGUUGUCAAAACUUUUGUUAUGACAAUGUUAUAAACUAUUUACCAACAAUUCUACGGGAAAGAAUGGUCAAAUAUCUCUACAUUAUUUCUCUAUGGACCGCAGUGGUCUCACACGUGUCCUCUGUAGUGCGUCCCGAAGGAGUACACUUCAACUCCAUGAACCUGAGGAACAUUGUAAAGUGGCAUCCUGGGAAAGAUGCACAAAAUGACACCAACUACACAGUGGAAUAUGCCAUCUAUGGUGACCGUAUGGAUGGUGGCGCGAGACGAGUGCGCUGGAGGGUGAAGAAGAAGUGCAGAGACAUCCCUCAGACCUGGUGUGAUCUAUCCAAUGAGACAACUGACCUGGAUGAAGGCUACUUUGCCAGAGUCAAGGCUUUGGCCAAAAACAGAUCCUCCAAAUGGACACUCACACAAAAGAGUUUCGAACCCAAAGCUGACACAACCUUUGGACCUCCACUUGUCAAACUUGUGGUGAAGGAGAAUAGUGUUACCGUUAAGCUGAAGGGUCCAAUGAGAUGGAAGACUGGGAACAUUACAAAAGAUUACUCCUUGUUGAAAUUCUACCCUCAGAUGACUUACAACCUGUCUGUGAACGACAACAGAAGCAACAAAACGCAACACUUCACUGUGGAAAACAGAUCCUUUGAAUAUAGGCUGCUUGCCUAUGAAACCCAGUAUUGUUUCUCUGCUAAGGCCCAGGUCCUAUCACUUCUUUUAGCUUGUCAUGCAUCUGAAUGGCAGUGCCUAACAACCUCAAAGGAUCCCUUUUAUGGCCAGCUGCUACUGAUGUUGCUGGGUGCCGUUGUCCCAUCAGUCAUCUGCCUCUUCAUGCUGAUCCUGGUCGGAUGCCUUGUCUACCAUUUUGUCUGUGGUAAUAAACAGAAAAGUCCCCCUUUCCUGGAAAUAUCGGACAUUCAGAACCCACCGCGGACCUUCUGUCCUGAGCAAGCUGUGACAGUGAACGUGGUACUGGUCAACAUGGCCAAGCCCAUGGAGAUGAUGGCCAUAAAGCCCAACACUAUCCUUGCCCUCAUCCACCAGUCAGAGGGGGAACCCAUACUACCCUACGCUGCCCAGCAAGCCCCUGGCAGAGAGGAUUCUCAGGAGGGAUCAUGGGAAGAUGAAUUCAGGGAGGCCCAACCAGAGCCCCUAGAAUACGGCUUCAUUGGAGCGUCCCCAAAGAUUCCGGAAAUGAGGGAAAGUGAGGCAUCUGACAGUGAGGAAACCCUGCCGCUGCAUCUCAGCCAGGUCAAUACGUACAUAGCACAGAGAUCUGCGCCAUGUUCACAGGGGCCUGUGGAGAACGGGCUCUUUAGAAUUCCACUGCUGUCUGGUCUAAAGAUGGGGGAGGAGAGCAUGAGUUACAAAGAGCCUGAUCGGGUGGGUGCCUACGCACUGCAGCACUUCUCAGUCAGAGAGACCCCUGAGGUGGACUUUUGGGAAGACAAGGCUGAGGAACACCAAAGUUACCCCUCAGAGUACCAGACACAGUCUAACAGGAGGGAUACUCAGCCCCUGCGACUAUCCCAGGUCAACCUGUACAGAACCCAGAGGCAUACGCUGUUUCCACAGGAGUCUGAGGAAGAGGAUGGAUCUGGCGGUAACUGUGUUGACUGGAGCCCUACAACAGGGAUCCUCCAGAUCCCUCUGCUCUCCAAGCCUAUUCCAGAGGUGGAGGUAGAGGGAGAGAUGAACAGGGAGUUAGAGCAUGUGGAGAUCUUACCCUCUGUGGUGGUGAGGCAGUCAGAGGAGAGUGAGGGUGAGAGUGAUCUGACUAAACUACAGAACAACUGGAGCUUAGUGAUCAACAUGGAAGAGUAACCUAUUGGACAUUUACACUGGGUUUUGGGGGACACGCUAUUAAAGAAUGGUAUAGCUAUUCAUAAUGGCAAUUUGUUUAUGUUUACCGUAUGUGGAAAAAUUGCCAAAUCAAAUGAAGGAAUUUUUUWAAACUCAUCCGAAACACUGUAACGGCUUUCCUCCUCCUCUUCAUCCGAAGAGGAGGAGCAGGGAUUGAACCAAAAUG